AUGCUCGAGGUCCUGGUGCUGAAGAUUGAAGAUCCAGGUUGCUUCUGGGUUAUUAUAAAAGGGAAUAGUACCUUUUUAGAUCAUGAAAUUGACUACCAAAAACUAAAUAGCGCCAUGAAUGACUUCUAUAAUAGCACGCGUCAAGACAUAGAAAUAAAACCAUUAAUGUUGGAAGAAGGGCAGGUUUGUGUGGUUUAUUGUCAGGAACUCAAGUGCUGGUGCAGGGCUGUCAUUAAGUCAAUCGUGUGUUCAGCAGAUCAUUACCUGGCAGAGUGUUUCCUUGUGGAUUUUGCCAAGUACAUUCCAGUGAAAUCAAAAAACAUCCGAGUUGCAGUAGAAACUUUUAUGCAGCUUCCCUACAGAGCGAAAAAAUUCAGACUGUAUUGUACAAAACCUGUUACAUUACACUUUGACUUUUGUGAAGACAGUGCUAAAAUUGUACCCGCCAAGAAGUGGGACACUGCAGCUAUUCAGUACUUUCAGAACAUCCUGAAAGCAACUACCCAGGUGGAAGCCAAAUUAUGUGCUGUAGAAGAUGAUACUUUUGAGGUUUAUCUUUAUGUAACUAUAAAAAAUGAAAAAGUUUGUGUUAAUGAUGAUCUGGUUGCAAAGAACUUCGCUUGUUAUGUAUCACCCAUGGAGAAUAAAAACCUUGAAUCUUUAGAGAAACCAAGAUUGAGUAUAAAGUCAGCAUCCUUUCCCAGUAAACUCAAUCCAGCACUUAGUCUUUGGCCAAUGUUUUUGCAAGGAAAAGAUUCUCAAGGAAUGGAAAAUAAAACUAUGAAAUGUAAAGUGGAUUCCUUGCCUGGUUCACCUAAAAAUAUAUCUGAAAAGAAACAACAGUGCAUCUCUUUAAAAGAUGUAAAUAAGUGUGUUGAAUCUUCAGUGUAUUGGCCAACAAAAAGAGGCAUAACCAUAUAUGCUGAUCCAGAUAUACCAGCAGACAGUGCUUUACGUCAGAAGUCAAAUGAGAAACCACUCAGAUUGGCUGAGAAGAAAGAAUACAAUGAGAAGAAUGGCUGUAUAAAAUUAUUGCAAUUUUUAAAUCCUGAUCCUUUGAGAGCUGAUGGAAUCUCUGAUCUGCAACAGUUGCAGAAGCUGAAGACGGGCGCACAGCAGGCCUCUGCGGUGCUCCGAAACAAGAUUGAGCCUUGCUUGUCCAUCGACACGGCGCCGCUUUCGGCAGACCUGAAAAAGGUAAAAGUGCUCCUGAAACCAAACUCGAGGAGGAGUACUGACCUGCCCGAAGUCCAGGCUAACUUCUUACAAGUGACUAAUUCUUUUAUGGAGAAACCAUGUGUAACUGCUCUUCAAAGAAAUAAGUUUCUGGGACCUAGCCACACUGAAUCUUACUCUUGGCCUCCCAUAGCACGUGGCUGUGAUGUGGUUGUCAUUUCUCAGUGUGGAAAUGACCCUUUGUUGUACCUUCCACCAGUGCUUACGCUUUUGCAAACAGGGGGCUGCUACAAGUCAUUACCAAGUAGAAACGGACCUCUGGCAGUCAUCGUGUGUCCUGGGUGGAAAAAGGCCCAAUUUAUUUUUGAGUUAUUGGGAGUCUAUGGCGUGUCCUCCAGGCCUCUUCAUCCUAUGUUAUUAACAAUUGGACUCCACAAAGAUGAAGCCAAAAAUAUGAAGCUUCCAAGGGGGUGUGAUAUAAUGGUUACAACACCACAUAGCCUCCUGAGACUUCUCAGAUAUCAAAGCUUGUUAUUUCUUAGACUCUGUCACCUCAUUUUGGAUGAGGUGGAAGUAUUAUUCUUUGAAGCUAAUGAACAAGUGUUUGCUAUAUUAGAUAACUUUAAAAAAAAUAUUGAAGUUGAAGAAAGGGAAUCUGCACCACAUCAAAUUGUUGCAGUUGGAGUUCAUUGGAACAGACAUAUACAGCAUUUAAUCAAAGAGUUCAUGAAUGACCCCUACAUCGUGAUCACUGCCAUGGAAGAGGCUGCUCUCUACGGCGGCGUCCAGCAGGUGGUACAUCUUUGCCUAGAAAGUGAAAAAACCUCUACUUUACUCCAGACUCUUGACUUCAUUCCAAGUCAGGCACAGAAGACCUUGAUCUUCACCUGUUCUGUAGCUGAAACUGAAAUAGUGUGUAAGGGUUCUCUUGCAAAACAGGGAGGUAAAAAGGCCAAAUCUGUCUUGCUGUUGACGGAGAGAAGUUCAUGCCAUGCUGUGGGUGUUUUGCGAUACUUGGAAAGAGCAGAUGCCAAGAUUCCAUCGGAGCUGUAUCAGUUUACUGCAGGCGUUCUAGAAGCCAAGGAGGACAAGAAAGCCGGAAGGCCUCUCUGUCCGUAUCUUAAGGCUUUUGGAUUUUGCAAAGACAAAAGGAUUUGUCCUGAUCGACACCAUAUUAAUCCAGAAAUAGACAAUCCCAGAAAAUUAUCCAACCAAGCUAUACCAUUGUUUGGAUACAUUAAAAUAAUACCCUUUUACAUUUUGAAUGCAACAAAUUACUUUGGUCGUAUAGUUGAUAAACACGUGGAUCUUUAUGCAACUCUUAAUGCUGAAAUGAAGCAGUAUUUUGAGGAUUCCAGUAAUAAAACAACCAUUGAAAAGGUGGAGAAAUUUGGAUUAUAUGGAUUAGCAGAGAAAACACUUUUUCACAGAGUUCAGGUGUUGGAGGUGAGCCAAAAAGCAGACACGUCGGCACUCGAUACUGUCCUUGUGAAGUUUAUAGAUGAAGGCAGGACUGGACCCGUCCCCAGAGAUCAGCUGCUGCAUCUCCCAGAAAACUUCCAGGCUCUGCCCCCCCAGGCCAUGGAGUUCAUUGUUUGUAGAGUGAAACCUGCUGACAAUGAAAUUGAAUGGAAUCCAAAAGUCACGAGGUACAUCCAUCAUAAAGUUACUGGAAAAUUGCAUGAUGCCAAAGUGGUAUUUGCUUUAGGAAAUACAGUUUGGAUUGAUCCAAUGGUGCACGUUACAAAACUUUUAAAUUUGAAAACUUCUGUCAUUGAUUACAAUGUUCGAGCUGAAAUUUUGUCAAUGGGAAUGGGCAUUGAUAAUCCAGAACAUAUAGAACAACUGAAAAAAUUAUACGAAGGAGCUAAAAUACAAACUGUUGAAGAAAGCCGAAGCCAAACACUGGUGCCGUCGUCUACAGAAGAGGCCGCCUGUCUGCAGAGCACACGGCCAGAGGACGGGGCUUUGGAAAGAGGUGCCGACUCCGGAACGAACUCAGGAAACCGGAAGCAUGGUUGUUUACUAUGAAAUUUAUGCUCUGAGAGUACUUCCUCAGCUAAACCCCCUUUCUUUUCCUCCAGCUUCCACCCACCAAUAAAAUGGUUCCAAAAAGACGAUGUGGUCAUAUUGAAGAUAAGAAUAAGGAAUGUAAAAGAUUACAAGUGCAAAUAUUUUAGAGAUAGAGUCAUUUUCAGUGCCUGGGUAGGAGAAAAAUUUUACUUGGCCGAUUUGGAGCUGCAGGCCAACAUAAUAAAGGACGAUUGCAAGUGCAUAAUUAAAAAUGAGGAACCUAUAAUCACUCUUGCAAAAGAGAGAAGGGAAUCUUGGUGUAGCUUACUCAGACAGAAGAAUCCUAAUGUGGCUUUCGAUUUUGAUCACUGGGAAGAAUGUGAAGAGGAGAGCCAUUUCUCCAAGGUUGUAACAUCUAAAAACCUGUCCUGCAAAGUGGCAGAGGUGAUGGAGAGCAGUGACCAGACCUCGGAGGAUGAGGAGACCGAGAGCGACUGAGCGUGUGGGCCCGAUCCUGAGGCGGACAGGGGGUCACCGAGUGACUGGACGCUAGAGAACAGCAGUCACGUUCACACCUUUUUAUUACUAGGGGUCAUCUGGUGGCACUGGGAUUGGUAAUGGUGAGAAAUUCUGAAUCUAUUUAAAAAUGGGCUGAGGCCCGGGCCUGGUAGCUCAGUUGGUUAGAGCGU